UCAGCUGAUCGUCACAGUUUUAUCUGUCACCACAUAAUUUGCACAAUAUUUUGAUAUAGGAAUUUCACAAUUUGUAACAACCAUCGUUUCAUUCUUUUUUCAUUUCAAUUAAUAGUGCCGAAUCUGUUAAGUAUGUCGUGUCCGUGGGCGAAAAUUGAAAAACCGGAAACGGUUAACUUAUCGGAAAUUAUGUCCGAGGAAGUUGCUAGAGAUCUUCAAGAUAAAGAAAACAAAAAAUACGCUCAGGUGCGCUCUGCUAGCGAACAAUCCAAUUCAUUCGAAGUUCCUCUCGAUAUUCCUGAAGACGUCUUAGCAGCUGUAUCUGAGAGCACCGAAGAAAGUGAUGCUUUAAUAGCGCACAUGCUUCAAAUGCAAUUCGACAAAGAAUAUGACGAUAUGCUGACGAAAACUGAGAAGAAAUACAACGGCGAUUGUAAAAUCUCUGUAUCAUUUGAAAAUUUCCGAAGAGCACCGCGUAAUUCAGAUUUCGAAAGUGAAUCUGAGGAGGAUGAAGUGGAGGACAUUAUGGAGAGAAAGGAUUGGGAUAGAUUCGAUAUCUUGCAGAGGGAAGUGGCCUCUAUACCACCAUGCGGAUACAAAGUCCAAGAGAAUGGUAUUCUCACAAAGCAUGACUUGGUAAACAGCGGAAGAAAAAAUGCCUGUAAACUCUUAUCUUUUCCACCAGAGUUUCGUACUGGUGAUGGUGAAGAUUUUGAUUUAAAAUUGUCCAAUAAAGUUUUUAACAGUUUAAAAAUGCAUUCACGAAAUGAGCAAUUUAGAAGUUACAAACACAAAGAUAAAAAGGAAGACAGGGCAACAGCAGAAUUCGGAUUAGACAGUUUUACUAGAUUAUUGCUAUAUAAGAUGAUUAAUAAUCAGCAACUGUUGGAACGCAUUAAUGGGGUUAUUAGUAUUGGUAAAGAAGCUGUUAUUUUACAUGCAGAAACUGACCAAGCGAAUCCGGAAGCUCAAUCCUUGCCCAAAGAGUGUGUUAUAAAAGUGUAUAAAACAACUUUAUCAGAAUUUAAAGAUAGGGAAAAGUACAUCAAUGAUGAUUACCGUUUUAAGGAUAGAAUUGGAAAACAAAAUGCUAGAAAGAUGGUUCACCUUUGGGCUGAGAAAGAAAUGGCCAAUCUAACCAGGCUUCAUAAAGCAGGAAUAAGAUGCCCAGAUGUAAUUAAGUUAAAGCAGCAUAUGCUCGUUAUGUCAUUUAUUGGAGACAAUAACCGGCCUGCGCCAAAACUGAAGGACGGUCCAAAAAAAUUUGAAGAUUUGGCAGCAGCAUAUGAUGAGGUGACAGAAGGAAUGAAAACCAUGUACCACCAAGCAAAUUUAAUUCAUGCUGAUUUAUCUGAAUACAACAUUCUAUGGCACGAAAAGGAAUGUUAUUUUAUAGAUGUCAGUCAGGCAGUGGAGCCAACCCACGAGAAUGCAUUCAGUUUUUUAUUUAGGGAUUGCUACAACAUAUCAAAGUUUUUUUCAAAAAAAGGAGUUCCCAAUUUACUUUCACCCGAUGAACUGUUCAGAGAUAUUACCGGUGUGGAGUACAGUGAUAAACUGGCGCUAGCAUCUAUACAAGAAGCUUUUAAGAUGAAACCGCACCUCGUCGACAAACCUGGGUACGAACCCACCACCAGCUUCGACACUCUGUGGGAUAAGGCACAAUCUGGUGAACUACCGAUUGUCGAGAAGGCCAUUAAAGAUGAACAGUUGGAACUGGUAGAACCUCCACAAGCAUAAUAAAUUGUUUCACCAUUAUCUUUUUAUGAGGAUUAUACUUAUAUGCAUAUGUUUGAUGAAUUUUUGAUUACAUUUUUAUUUUUA